GUUGGAUGUAGUAGACUAUUGAUUUACAUAUUCAUCAUUUCCUUUUUUUUUCGGCCGCAGCCAUUCGUAAUAAUGCAACGAUAGGUAGAGACCAUCAUGCCUGUGUCUGAAAUCCUCCUGCUACGGCAUGGAAAUCGCCUCCAGUGGACGUUGAAUCCUGUUACCGGCGAAUACUCGUCCAGCCAUCCCUAUCCCACGCGUCUCCCGGCAGACCCUCCGCUGGCCUCGUUCGGUGUACGACAGGCGCAAGAGACGGGCGCACACCUGGGGAAAACAUUGGGCGAUCUGGCCAAGCAGGACCGCCUGCGUAUCUACUCUAGCUUGUUCUACCGAUGUCUCGAGACGCUGCGACCCACGGUCGAGGCACUGAUCGAAGCCACGUCCUCGUCCUCCUCAUCACCGACGACGGGUGACGCGGCGAACAACAAGACGAAGAGCGUGAGCGUUCGAGGAGAAAGAGGGAUUGGGGAGUGGUUCGGAAGGGCAUGGUUCGUCCAGCCAAAGCCCGCCGAGCCCGCGCGGUUACGGAGGGACUUUUUCCCCUGGCUCGACGACACUUACGAGUCCAAGGUUGUUCCUCCGGAGCACGGAGAGAGGAUAGACCCCUUGCACGAUCGCGUCGCACGGGCGCUCGCGGUGAUCGUGGAAGACGUGGACAGGGAAUACAGGCGAGCUGGCCGCGGAGACGAGGAAGUCACGUUGCUACUCUGUGGCCACGCCGCUCAGAUCAUCGCGAGUGGGAGGGCACUAACCGGGCAGAUGCCCGACGACCACGACGAGGACGAUUUCCAAUGCUUCACCUGCGGCAUCAGCAAGUUCGCGCGAAGGAGGGUCCCGGCCGAAGGAGAGGUGUACUACGACGACGACUGGAGGAACAGUGGAGGCGUGGCCGGCGGCUUCGACUGCAUCUUGAACAGCGACUGCAGCCAUUUGGCCCAGGGCGAAGAAAGAGGCUGGCAUUUCCACGGCGAUGAGAGCUUUGAUUCAUACGAGGCUGCUGCUGCAUUGGGCGUCAAGACCACCUCAGAUGGGAGUCUGCGGCCGUCCAAGUUGUAAGCCGCGUAGAAACACCGCCGGUCAUUAGAGAUAGACUUGUCCAGGACAUCCGUCCCAGUCACAAUCCAAU